CAAACGCUUAAAAGAAAUUACGCUUUUUAUGGUAGGUGGCAGAGAUUUUUUUUUUUAAUUUUAUGACUGAAUUAAGAGGAGAUCUCUUCGUAUUCGUUGUCGGAGUCACAGUCUCAUAAAUAUUCAGUAGAUUGACGAGUCAUAAAGACCGCCUUUCCUGCACCAACGACACAUUCAGCAUCCUCGGGCGCAACAUCUCACUGAGCUUUCGUCAGACUCCGAGUCGGUUUCAUUGUGACCGGGGCGACUUUUAAUUUCCGAGAAUGGCUUUGAGAGGAGCACUUUCCCGUCUUUCCCACUCUUCCCGUCAUUUCAACCAUACUUACCAGCAAAGCAGAGCUCAUUCGGUGGCCGUGCUUGGCGCUCCGUUUUCAAAAGGACAAAAAAAGAGAGGUGUGGAGCAUGGCCCUAAAGUCAUCAGGGAUGCGGGGCUCAUGGAGAGGCUUUCAAAUUUUGACUUUUCUGUCCAUGACUUUGGGGAUCUGAACUUCCAACACCUGGAGGAGGAUGAGCCCUACAUGGAUGUAAAGUUCCCGCGGACUGUGGGUGCAGCAAAUAAAAAGCUGUCUGCAGCAGUGAGGAAUGCUGUCAGUGCUGGCCACACUCUUCUUAUGCUGGGAGGUGAUCACAGCCUUGCUGUUGGAUCAGUGAGCGGCCAUGCCCAGCAUAGUCCUGACCUGUGCCUUAUCUGGGUUGAUGCUCAUGCAGAUAUCAAUACCCCUAUGACCUCCCCUUCAGGAAACCUCCAUGGCCAACCUGUGGCAUUCAUGCUCAAAGAGCUGCAAGACAAGAUGCCAGAUAUCCCUGGGUUCUCCUGGACUAAGCCAUUUCUCAGCUCAAGAGACCUGGUGUACAUUGGACUGCGGGAUGUUGACCCUGGGGAGUACCAAUUCCUCAAGAGCUUUGGUAUCCAGUAUUUCACCAUGAGAGAUAUCGACAGACUAGGCAUCCAAAGGGUCAUGGAAGUCACUUUCGACCAUCUUCUGGCAAGAAAACAACGACCAAUACACUUGAGCUUUGACAUCGAUGCAUUCGACCCGUCUCUGGCUCCCGCCACAGGAACACCGGUAAAUGGAGGUCUGACCUACAGAGAGGGAAUCUACAUCGCAGAGGAAAUUCAUAACACAGGUCUGCUGUCAGUCAUGGACAUGGUAGAAGUAAAUCCUGACCUUGGGGCAAGUCCUGAAGCUGUGGAGGCUACUGCCACGUUAGCAGUUGAUGUCAUUGCAUCAUCACUGGGACAGACGAGAGAAGGCGCUCACACAUCCAUGGACGAAAUUCCCCCUGGGAAAAACGACACAGAGCUUCGCCUCUAAGGGCAUGAAGCAAAGCUAUGGACUUCAACACUGUCAUCCCUGACCAUUCCACAGAUUUAAAUACAAUACUGCAAAGACUAUAUCUAUUUGAAAGGUGACAGUUUAAAGCUUUUUUUUUU